AUGGUCUUGCUGUCAGCUCCUUCGAUUGCUAUUCUCCUUCUCCACCUUCUGUUCGAUGUGAGAGUCUCUGCAUACAUACUUCCACUGCUUACCGCGCAGCCAUCGACAGCGACACCAGCAUGGCUCCAACUGGGCCCAGCGUCUCCGACUAACCUUUUAGAUCCCGAACGCAACAAGCUCGGUGCGGUGGCCUCUGAAAGCUCGAUAUGCAGCAGUAUCGGCAUCAAUGUUCUGCAAGCGGGUGGAAACGCCGCGGAUAGUCUGGUAGCUACCGUUCUUUGUGUUGGCGUUAUAGGCAUGUACCACAGCGGCAUCGGUGGCGGCGGCUUUUUGCUAGUUCGAAGUUCCAAUGGCUCAUACGAGUUCAUUGACUUUCGGGAGACGGCACCCGCUGCAGCGACGCAGGACAUGUAUAACAACAACACUAACAGCUCAAUCUAUACCGGCUUAGCCAGUGGCGUACCGGGAGAGUUGCGCGGGCUCGCCUACCUGCAUGACAAUUACGGCCUAUUGAAUUGGGAACAGGUAGUGAUGCCCGCAGUUCAUGUAGCGCGGUACGGCUUUCCAGUCACGCAAGACCUUGUUCGUUACAUGGCUUCUGCAGUUGCUGGCAUUGAUAACUUUCUGGUCAACGACCCAACCUGGGCAAUAGACUUUGCACCAAACGGCACUCUCCUUGGGCUGGGCGACACUAUAACUCGGAAACGGUACGCAGAUACGCUGGAAGCGAUCGCGCAAAGGGGACCGGAUGCUUUUUAUACUGGACCCGUCGCUCAAGCUUUCAUAGAUACAGUCCAAUCUAAUGGCGGCAUCAUGACUAUGCAGGACCUGAAAAACUACUCUGUCGCCAUUCGGCCUCCGGCAGAUAUCACAUAUCGUGAGUUUCGGGUUCGCAGUGGUAGUGCGCCGUCUUCAGGAACGGUACUGGCAUCAGUAAUGAAGAUCGUAGAAGGCUAUACUACCAUUGGGGAAGCUGCUGCGCUCAACCUCAGCACGCACCUGUUCGAUGAAGCACUUCGUUUCGCGUAUGGCCAGCGCUCGGAGCUGGGAGACCCAUACUUUGUUGAAGGCAUGGACGAGUACCAAACAGACAUGUUGAGCAACGAGACAGCGGCAGACAUCCGUGCGAAGAUCAGUCCGUUGCAUACACUGAAUGUCUCUGCGUAUGACCCCUCCGGCUUCGAAUCCUUGGAGACACCUGGCACUUCUGCAAUUGUCACGAGCGAUCUUACCGGCAUGGCAAUCUCGCUGACGACGACCGUCAACCUGUUAUUUGGGUCACACAUCAUAGUGCCCGAGACCGGCGUGAUCCUCAACAACGAGAUGAACGAUUUCUCGAUCCCGGGCGCGGACAACGCUUUCGGCUACAUUCCCUCCCCAUCCAAUUACAUCCGGCCUGGCAAGCGGCCAUUGUCGUCCAUUACACCCACCAUAGUCGAGCACGCAAACGGUUCGCUGUACUAUGUUGUUGGUGCAGCGGGCGGUAGCCGGAUCAUUACCGCCACCUUGCAGAACCUCUGGCACGUUCUGGACCAAAACAUGACCGCUCCGGAAGCUCUUGUAAUGCCGCGCCUACACGAUCAGUUAGUGCCAAAUCAAGUCAGCUUUGAGUAUGCGUACGACAAUCAUACCGUAGCGUUCAUGCAGUCGCGAGGACACAACGUUACGUGGGUCGCGCCAGGUCAGUCUACCGCGCAGUCGCUGAGGCUGCUCGGCAACGGAACGUUCGAGGCAGCAGGCGAGCCGAGACAGCUGAACAGCGGUGGUUAUGCGGUUUAG